UAAAUACCUAUAUAGAGAUUGACUGAUUUCAUUUUCCAUGUGGAGAAUGUUAAGGUUAUUUAUAUUUUAUAGUUUACAGGUUAUAAUGCGUAUAACAAGCGAUUUUAGGAAAAUUAUAACAUCAUAGAAAUACGCACAAUUAUGUAAACAGAAACAUGUCUUUAUUGGCAGUAAGUGAUGGAUUCAUUGCAGUUUCAAAAGCGCAAUAUGUCGAUUUAUACAACGGUUCUAAUCAUGCAUAUCUUCAGUUUAAAUCAGAUUCAAAAUCACAGGAAGAUGAUUUUGUAGUUGAUAUUAAUAUAUCACCCGAUAAGAAAUUACUAGGCGUGUUAUUAUGUAAGAAGGUAAUAAUUUACGAUUUGCCUAACUUAAAACAAGUCGAAAGCUUUACAUUACCACGAAGUACAAGUAAAAUUAGAUUCGACAUUUCCAGCAAAAAAAUAUUAGUAGCAGACAAAACUGGGGAUGUUUUAAUAUUUGAAAUUUUAAAGGAAGACAAAGGGAAUAAAAUUCUCGGACAUUUAAGUCUAUUAUUAAAUAUUUUGCAAACUAAUGAUGGUAAAUACAUCAUAACAUCUGACAGAGAUGAAAAGAUAAGAGUAUCUUGCUAUCCUAAUGCAUAUAAUAUUCAGACUUUCUGUUUGGGACAUAAUGAAUUUGUUAAGCACAUAGAAAUUUUACCUCAUGCUAAUGAAUAUUUGACGAGUGCAUCAGGCGAUGGAAACAUUAAAAUUUGGGAUUAUACCAAUGGAAAACUUCAUUAUACUAUUGAUACUUACAUUGACAUUAAAAACAAUAAUGACCUCAAAUACAAGUUUAGUCAAAUAAUGGAUCAAGAAGAAAUUUUAAUUAAUAGUUUGCCUAUUGUAGAUUAUACAAUAAUUCAGUUAAAUCAAUUUUCUAGCCUUAUGGCUCUAACAGUUCAUUCUUAUAUGAAGAUACUGAUUUACAAUUUAAAGUCCAUUAAUAAGGAGUUUAGUCACAGCCUUGUCUUCGAGCUUCCAUUUAAAUAUUUCCCUGUUUCUAUCAAAUUCCACAACUUGUCAUUAUUUGUUUAUGAUGGUGUUAAUUCUAAAAUAUCUGAAUACAAAAUUUCUACAGAAUGUGAUAAAAUUUUAGUUAACUUAUAUAGAGAUAUUCAAGUAUUUGAAAAUCAAGAAAUGGAAACCAGUGUUAUUUAUGACCAUAAUCCUAUUAAACUAUUAUUUAAAAGGAAAUUUGAUAAUGUUCAAGAAUACAAAGAAAAAAAAAAGAUGAGAUUAGAAAAACCAACAAGUUAAAUAUUAAUGAAAAAUAAAAUAUUUCACAAUAAGAAAGU